AUGUUAACUGAGAUUCAUCAUCAAGUAAUACAGGAAAAGCAGCUUUCUAAUAUGCUUAAGAUAGAAAUUGCCCGCCAGAAAGAGGCUCUCGAUUCAAGUAUCAGACAAACCAUUUCGGCAUUCCGUAAUUUUGGUCUUCUUGAUAUUUGGUAUCCAAAGCUUUCUGAAGCGGUUGUACAAAAUUUCCUUCACUCCCCUAUCUUUACUAGAGAGCAGGGCACCGUGUAUGAAUCUCCUUCAGCUUUGCCAUUUAAUACGAGUGUAACUUCAAAAAUAAACAACUUCCUUAAGCAUUAUUUAGAAAAUAUGCCGGAAAUUGUUCAAUGCAUUAACGAAUACUUCUCACGUCAAGCAGAAACCAUUAAUUAUCUACCAUCUCCUACCGCAAUUCAAUUUUUCUCAUCUUCAACGUUCCUUUCUUUAUUCGGCUAUUGCUGGUGUGUUGAACAAGGCGCUGCUUACGUUGAUUCUUUGAUUCAACUCCUUGUUCUUCAGAUAAAGCAGUCAGAAACUGUGAAUUCAGUUUCUUUCCGCACUUCUUUCAUUCGUGAAAUCAUCCGUCAAUUUAUGCAUACGACGGGCGUUCAAACAUAUCUUCGACUUUCCCUUUCGAACAUCUAUAUCGAUUUUAUCAAUGAAGAAGACUUGUCGAAGUACAGGAUGAGCUCGAAAGAAUACCUCCAGGUAUGUGCGAGGUACGCAUCAUUAUUUACCGACAAACUCCUCGAGAAUAUACCUUUUAUGCCAAGUUUAUUGAGAUAUUUCUUCAGAAGAGCUUUCGUUGCUGCGCAAGAGAUCUUCGGUGAGGAUUCGCAACAGCCAACACAGCUGAUCGAGAUUUUCUUCUUCGAUUUGCUUCUUCAGCCCGCUUUGAUUAAUCCAAAAUUAUUCGCUUUGAUUCCAGAAACUUCGGUUCUCCCACACACUACACAUACUACCAUCGUAUCAAGAAUGUUCCUGUGGGCAACAGGAAGCUCAACAAUCCAAGAAUCCUACGAAAAAACCGGAUUUACUAAGAGCGACGAAUUUACAGGAAUCCGCGUUCACGAACUCAUCAAAGGAAUCAGAUCUUACAACGGUGAAGUCGAUGGCAUCUUUUCUGCACGUCUUCAGAACGUUUCAGAUAUGAGAUUCCAUUUGUUAAUUUUAUCGGUCAAUGAUGUACUUUUCAUAGCGCAUAUAAUUAAUACAACAUGCAAUGAUAUAGAUUUACCCGAUAAAACAAAGGAAAAACUCUAUCAAUUAACGUCAUUCGAAAAAGAUUUCACAUUACCGUCAUCAGACCUGAUAGACUUUUGGUUCCAAGCUUUCAAACUCCCACCGCAACCAUUCGUUCCAGCAGAUCUCAAAGAUAAACCAGUUCUUUACAUUCCUCUUCUUAAUUCAGACCAACACAGCAUAAAUACAGAUCAUAUCACCCCAGUUAUCAAUCAUCUCAUUGUUUACUUGGAGAGUCUCCCAAUUAUUCACGGAGCUCCGUCAGAAUUACUCGAUUUCUGCGAAUUCCAUCGUAAACGCGCUCUAGAAAACGGUUAUGCCGAUAUCAUUACAAAGACACAAGCUGUUUCCGUCAAAAUCCUUAGUACCGGAGCAGAUGAUGUCGAAAUCCUUAAUCGCGUCAAGCAAACGAUCGAAAACAGGACGUCAUCGCACGCAUUACAGUUCGCAAGCUCAUUCCUUCUCCAGGAAGCCUGCGCGAAGAUGGAUACCAUUAAAAAACGCAUCAGACUUAUGAACGACCAACUUACGCCAAUUAUUCAUCAGAGCUUGUUAAGAUUAUUCCUGAUCAGACAUAAGAAUUUACAGCAGGAAAUCCAGCGAAAUGAGAAACUUCUCUGUACAUCUGAUGAAGAAUGGCUCAAAUUCUUCCAGCCAGCGGCAGAAAAUUUCAUGGCCUUCUCAGAACAGAAUGGCCUUGAUAAAUCCCAUCGUUCUCCGAUCAUGAGACAAUUACAUUCCACAUUAGUAUCAAUGAUCCCUUAUCAGAACUUUAUCAACGCGAAUCCGAACCUUGUAGAGCAAGACCGUGAAGUUUACCAGACAUAUGAUCGCAGACUCGAAGAAUUUCUCCUUGAAAAUUAUUCUCCUGUCCUUAAACAGCUCUUUAAGACUCCCAGUACCUUCGAUGCACCAAUAGCUGUCAUCAGGAGAGGCACAAGCUUCGGUGGACCGCUCGAAAGACUCCAACAAAUCAUGAAUGCCAUAGAUCUCAUCCAGGACAUUUAUACUUUCGAGGCAGGUGAAGGUUGUCCGGGUGAUGACUUCCUUCCAUUAUUUAUUUACGUACUUAUCAGGGCAAGAUUGCCAAAUCUCGCAAGUUCCCUCCAUUACCUCAACUUCUUCCUCUUCAACAUCGACGGAAGACUUAAACUUCUUGAUUCCAUGGAGAACUACUGCGCUACAACCUUCAGAACUUCGGCUGAAGACUUCAUUAUUAACGCUCAAAGAUAUAAGAACUAA